AUGUCUCCAUUUAAAGCAAUGUACAGCUUCAAACCUAGGGGACCAGACAAGAUCCAGAAAUCAGUCAACAACAAUGAUGAUGCACAGACAGCACCCAACAGAAGACUGAGAAUGAUCUUCACAUUAAGAAAUAGUCUGGUAGAACAUUUGACAAAAGCAAAAGAGAAUCAAGCACAGUUCUAUAACCAAAGACAUCAAGAUAAAGUGUAUGCACCUGGUGAUGAAGUGAUGUUGUUAUCAAGAAACCUACAAACAAUACAUUCUUGCAAGAAGUUAGACAACAAGUACUAUAGAUCUUUCUUAGUGAUAGAGGCCAUAGAAAAUAACACAUAUCAACUGAAGCUCCCUCUGAGCUAUCAGAUUCAUAAUGUUUUUCAUGUUUCAUUGUUGGAACCAUACCACACAAGAACAGGUGAGACACCAAUGUGUUCUCCCACAGUACUGGUAGAUGACUAUCAUGAGUGGGAAGUAGAUAAAAUCUUGGACAACAAAGCACACUACCACAAGAGACAUUAUCUAGUGAAGUGGAAAGGAUUCUCUAUUGAGAAAUCAACAUGGGAACCUGAGGAAAAUCUCAAAAAUGCACAAGAAACCCUUAAGGAUUACCUAAAGAAAAGACAAAAUUACAAGAAGAUAAACAAAUCUACAUACAGAAAGAAAGAUAAACAUGACACAAAACAACAUAAAGACCACAACACACCUACAAAACCAAGAAUUUAA